AUGAGGGCCUUUUACUUUCUGGCCAUUACUGGCAACUGCACCAACCUCCUCCUCUCGCUGGUGGCGCCUCCACUAAACACUCCCACUUCCUCCGCGACCGGGCCCUCCUCCACCUCCUGCCACAGCACUCGCAGCUUCCCCCAAGUGCUGGUUAACCUCGGGGGGCUCAAGCAAAUCCAUGGCCCGCGGGGUGAGAGGUGCGGCCCUCUGAAGCCUCUGGCUCCGGGUCUGGCCUGGCCGCGCCGGCUCCGAGGGCUGCUGUUUCGCCCUGAGGUCGCCGCGUACACCUACCUGGGGCGGUGCGGUCACCGCCGCUGCAGCCACUUCGUGUGUGUGACGCCGGCCAACACUGCAUUUCAGCGUAGACCGGCCAAGUGGAAGGCCUGGCUUUCCCCGGCCACCCUCGCGGUCCUACCGCGCCUCUCGCGCGACUUGGCCUGGGCCCCUCGGGGUCGGCACACUGCUGCGCAUGCGGUCUCAGCGCCCGGCCUUUACGCGCGGCUGCCGCUCUUUCCACAGCACCGCAGUCUGCACGAGCGCUGCACCCGCUUCAGCUGCUUGUCACCGCCGCUCAAUUCCCUCACCCACACGCUGAGAGGACUAGAAAGGCGCCCUGGGGAAGGCUCGCGGGAAAGCCCGCAGCCGCUGGACGCGGGAGGACAUGGAGGUGGACUGACUCUCCCAUGUCCUUCAAAGUUAAUUGCAAAAGAGUUCAUUGCAAGAGAUGAUGUGCUGGUGGAAAGAGAGAUGCUGCUUCCUCUUUCCGUAGUGGGGUUUUACAGGCAGAUAAUGACUGCUUUGCAGCUCACUUGUGACUGAUUCCACUGAGCGGUAAUGUCAAUAUUAGAUCAGAUACAAGAGUAAGGAGACAGCAUGGCAGAAACGCACGUGUGUGUCUGUGGGGAGUGUUUUCUGGGGUACACUUUUUACUUCCUACGGGCCCUUUUGUUCUGAAUUUUCCAGACCGCUGUGCAGAUGACACUGUUACUUCCUCAGGCUGUUGCCUGUCCCCUCAGGCCCUAAGUAGGUAACAUGUACCUGCCUAAGAGCAGUGUUUCCUUUACAUUUCAGGUUAUAUGCCACUUACAACAUCAAUUUAAAGAAUGUGGCAAACAUUUGUUAUUCUAGGUUAGCAUACAAUGGAUUAGAAAAUUUCACAGAGGACUAUGCAUGGUAGUGAGUCAGUUGUGUGUAUGUGUGUGUGUGAAAUUUGUUUCUUACACCGACAGAAAAGUUUGAAAGUCACUACUUUAGAGCUUUAGAGAGUUUCUGUUGGAACAAAGUUCCAAGCAACCCAUACGUCUGUACAAGAGGAAAAUCGAGGAAUAUCACUUUAAGGAAACAUAGGGUCGUGUGUAGCAAGAUACGGAUUCGAAGAGUGUAGAGCAAGGAAAUCACAGCUGCUUAGUAUGGGAGGGUUUGCCAGGAUAAAUAAUGAUGAUAUGUUGACAGUGAUAAUGUUAAUCAUGCUGAUUAUGAUAAAAAUGAAACUAUUUUUUCAACUCAUGCAUUUUCACCUUUUGACAGUCAUGAAGUAGGAACAUUUUAAGAUUUAGUGGCAAGUCAUAGUUUUUACUUCAUAUUUCCCUUUAAAAUUUACACUAAAAAACAAAGGUGAGCUUCUCUGAUUACUCUAAAAAUAAAUGAAAUUGCAACUAUUUCCAUGAACUACUUAUGCUUAGUUCCUGUAAUGGCUAGUUUUGUGUCAACGUGACUAGAUUGUAGUACCCAGAUAUUUGGUCAAAUACCGGUCUGAGUGUGACUGUGAAAGUAUUUUUUUCAGAUGACAUUAACAUUUAGAUGAGUAGACUUUGAGUAAAGUAGAUUACCCUCCAUGAUGUGGAUGGGCCUGAUCCAAUUCAGUUGAAGGCCUUAAGAGAAAACAGACUGAGGUCCUACAAGGAAGGAGGAGUUCUUACAUCUGCUUUCAAGCUACAGCUGUAACACCAACUUUUCUUGGAGUCUCCAGCCUGUCCUGAAGAGUUCUGAUUUGCCAACUCCCACAGUUGAGUCAGCCGGUUUCUUCAAAUAAGUACCCUCACCUCUUCACACACACA